AUGACCAAAGCUGUAGAGACCGUUGACCUGUCCAACACCACCGCCGCCUACCACGCCGCGGCCACCAUCGCCCCGGCCGGCCGCCUCGUCCACGUCUCGGGCCAGCCCGGCAGCACCAAGGAUGGCUCCGUCCCUGGCGACUACGAGUCGCAGAUUCACCUGGCGCUGCUGAACCUGCGCAAGAUCAUCGUCGCGGCCGGCGCGUCCGUCAGGGACAUCGCCAAGCUGACCGUCUACAUUGUCGACUACGACGCCGCGCAGGCCAAGCACCGCCGCCACAUCCAGACGUUCCUCGCCGGCCACCGACCGGCCAUGACCCUCGCCCCCGUGCCCAAGCUGGCCGUUGCCUCGUGGCUGUUCGAGAUCGACGCCGUCCUGGCCAUCCCCGAGACGCCUGCCGCGCCAUUGGCCCUCCCGGCCGCCCAGGAAACCGCCGAUGUCAUUGUCAUUGGCGCUGGCCUCGCCGGUCUCAGUGCCGCCCACGAUGUCCUCAAGGCUGGUCUGUCGUGUAUUGUGCUCGAGGCUCGUGACCGUGUAGGCGGCAAGACGUGGAGCCAGCCCAUGGUCAGCGGCGGCACUGUUGAUCUCGGGGCUGCUUGGAUCAACGAUGUUAGCCAGAGCAAGAUGUACGCCUUGGCCAAGAGAUACGGCGCGGAGAUGAUUGAGCAAAACACCACGGGCAAUGUUGUAUUGCAGGACUUUGACGGCCGCUGUACGCCGUUUGUCUAUGGCGACCUUCCCAACUUCGACAGCGCAACCCGCAAACACCUCGCCGAGAUCCGCGACAUGGUCGAGGCCGACUGCCAGGCCGUCGACACCUGGCGGCCGCAGGACACAUCGCUCGACUCGCUCACCUUCGAGGCGUACCUGCGCUCGCGCGGCGCCAGCGAGCUCGCGGUGGCGACGGGAGCCGUGUGGACGCGCGCCAUGCUGGGCAAGGAUCCCAAGGACAUCUCGGCGCUGUACUUCCUCAACUACUGCAAGUCCGGCGGCGGCCUGCUGCAGAUGCGCUCCGACCGCAAGGGCGGCGGCCAGCACCUCCGCGUGCGCCAGGGCACGCAGCUCUUCUCCCUCGGGCUGGCCGGGUCGCUGCCCGAGGGCGUCGUUCGCCUCAACAGCCCCGUGCAGGCCAUUGUGCAGGACGGCAGCCACUCGGUCAAGGUGCAGGCCGGCGCCGUCUACGCCGCUCGCAAGGUCAUCACCACGGUGCCCGGCCCCGUGCUCAAGUCCAUCGCCUUCACCCCGUCACUGCCUCCCGCCAAGCAGGUCUGGGCCGAGUCCCUCUCCUACGGCUACUACACCAAGGCCAUGAUGGAGUUCCGCACGCCCUUCUGGGUCGAGCGCGGCUUCUGCGGCCUCGCCCAGUCCUUUGUCGGGCCCGCCAGCGUGGUUAGGGACACCAGCAGCCCGGCCGACUCCAAACACGUCCUGACGUGCUUCAUGUCUGGCGACGCCGGUGCCACGUGGGCAGCCCUUCCCGGCCGCGGCCGCGAGCAGAAGCUCCUCGAGCAGCUGAGCACCCUGUUCGGAGCCGACGACCUGGAGUCGCAGUUCGUGCAGCUGCACACGUACGAGUGGACCAAGGACGAGUUCGCCGGCUGGGGCUGCCCCUGCACGUCGCUUCCCCCGGGCGUGCUGGACACGCUCGGCGGCGACGCGCUCCGCGAGCCGUGCGGCAACCUGCACUUUGCCGGCACGGAGACGGCGGGCGAGUGGAAGGGCUACAUGGAGGGCGCGGUGCGCAGCGGCGAGCGGGCGGCGGCCGAGGUGGUCAAGGGAUUGAGCGCCGGCGUCGUCUCGCGACUGUAAUUGGAUAUGGGUGUGUUUACGGUGCUAUAUUGACGGUGCGCCGGUGUCUGUUUAGAAUAUUAGAAAUUAGAAAAUAAAAAGCCCGUGUUUCUUUCU